CAAGGAUGCAAGGAAAGCUACACGAAUAUGGCCAGGCUGGUGAAGUUGUACGAGCAGAUAGAGCACGUUAAAGAGCAAUAUUUUAUCAGAAACAGAAAUGCGGAAGAAAACAGACAGCGGGAAUAUACUGCAGCAGUCACAAUUCAAAGCUGGGUUCGAGGCUGUCAGGCACGCGCAUACCUCAGCUAUCUACACCGGAAUGCCACUGUAAUACAGAAAACAUGGCGGGCUUUCAGCGCACGCCAGUACUUUAGGCAAAGGCUAAAGACAGCAUAUUUUCACAUGAAGAUGAAUUUCUACAAUAAGAUGGCUGUCAAGAUACAGCAGAGAUGGAGAGGCUACUACGUCAGGAAGUAUGUUAACAAUUACUAUGCACGGAAGAGGUAUUUGGAAGACUUGGCAAAGAGGAACGAACAAGUCAGGAGAGAACUAGGGGAAUUAGCAGAGCACCAGAAGAAAGAAAUAGAGCGCAUUGCCAUGGAGAAAGAGGAGCAGAAGAAAUAUAUGCAAGCUCAACGACUUCACUUCCUCCUCAGCACCAAACAGCGCCCAGGUGUGUUCAACUCACCGUUCCGCCCAGAGCCUGAUGAGAUGGAGCUGAGGUUAAGGACAGUAAAACCUUUGCGGACAAUAUCUGCUCCCAAAGAAACAGCAACCAACCAGCAGCCAUCUGGCUUCUUGUCUAGCAUAGAGAGACUACCACCAAUACAUAAGACACCACAGGGGCCUUUCAGGCCAGCUGCGGAGGUUCAGCGGCAGCGCCAGCGGCCCCUGGAGCCGAGUCUGCGCGUGGCCACAUCCAUCACGGCCCUGGAGGAGGCCAGAGAGGAGCUGCGGCAGCGGGAAUGGCGGACUCGCCUCAUCGACCAGCCGUUCCUGCCUUUCUCAAAGGCCCACCAGAACAAAGAAUAUGAGCCUCUUCUCCACACACAUUCUCCAUAUCAGCAGAAAGCGUACGGAACCAAGCACUUCCGAGAGGAGAACCGGGCCGAACUACAAGGGAAAAAGAUAACGUGUCCAGAGUGUCUGAAGUGUCACGUCGACAUGGACGGUUCUUCAAACUGUAACAUGAAUGUUUGCUCUUUGGAUGGUGGAUAUGGAGCUUUUUGUGAAUAG